AUUUUUUUCGUUUAAAGCAUAUCAAGAUCCGAACAGGUGAGAUUAUUAGGUUGACCUACUGUAAUAAAACAAAUAUUUUUGUCUGUUUCCACGGUAACUUCAUGGACAACAUCUUUUUUUAGAACAAAUUACUUCUCCAAAAACUUUUCUAGAUGUAUAGAUUUGAUGUUGGCCUCGCCAGGGAGCCGUAGCCAUGCAUACCAGCGCAUCUUCAUGUUGUGUUUUUUACGUCAUAGCCAAUCAACCUAUAAACAUAGACCAAUGAACGAUGGACGUGGAGCUUGUUGGAGUAACACACGUUUUGGAUGCCAUCACGUUUUGGGCACAGAAUGUCAAUGACGAUCAAGCCAUUGAAAACAUAAGAAAUGCCUUGGCAGACAAAUGCCCAACAGCCCAAAGGUUACUUGGAACUCCCAAUCCUCAGAAGAUUUAUGGGGCAGUCUUCUCAGAGGACAGCUGUUGGUACAGGUGCAAGGUCCUGCAGCAGACUGAUAAUUUUCACGUGUCCUACAUUGACUAUGGGAACACAGAGUUCAUCAGUCGGUCAGCUCUGGUGGAGCUGCCAGGGGAGCUACAGUCACCUUGUCUGGCCAAGAAGUACAAGUUCUGGGGCUUCAAUGUGUCCACUGACCAAGACUCAGCACAUUUCCUGCAGGGAAAGGCCUUCCUUCAGAAUCUGAUCUAUGGGAAGAAGGUCCGCAUCCAGAAGAAGUCUGUCUGCUUCGACGGGACCGUCCUGGUCCAGGCUUUUCAGGGAAACCUGGACAUCGGUGAAGAGGUUUUGAAGAUGAAGUUUGCCAAGUUCACCCUCCCAGGGAGUAACCGCGAGAGCCCCAUGUCUGUACGGGCCCUGCAGGAGUCCCAUUGCCUGUGGCCUCAGCGGGUGUUGGAUUGGCCUGGCCCCCAGGGGGAUGGGGACAUGCCUGGCUCUACAGUCUGCAUGCCCAAACUACGGCCUGCUUUCCCCGACCAGAGUCCCCUUUCAAUGAAGGAGAAGAGCACGGCCACAGCCCAGCAUGCUGCCAACCUAGUGAAGAAGAAGAUGGAGCUGGUGGAGGAGAACCAGAGGCUGAAGGCAGAACGAGAGACCCAGCGCAGGGAGGACCAGCUGAGAGACAGUCUCUCAGAGCUCCAGAAGUUGAAAGAGGAGACUGCGAAUUAUGCCAAAGAGGCAGAGAGAUGGAAGGUGGAGAGGAACACACUUCAGAACCAAUCAGAGCAGCUGGAGGAACACCUGAAAGUUGCCAAACAGGAAGUGCAGGCUAUGAGGGGACAGUUAAAGAAGAAGGAGAAGCAAGUGGAUAAGCUCCUGGACUCAGCGGUGGCUGAACGGUUCUGUCGGCUGGCUGAGAGAGUCGAUUCUCUGAGAGGAUUAAGAGAGAGAAACCCAGGUAACACGGAUAGUGACAGCCUUACGGAGUCUAUCAAUGUUGUCAUAAACAACAGCAUCUCUGCUCCGGUUGCCAUGGAGAAGCUGGAGUCGGCAUGGAGAGAUUACAGCCUGGCUCAGGAGAAACUCAAGGCCUGUCCGACGAAGGAGCAGCUUGGGGAUCUGAUAGACAACCGGAAUAAGGUGCGAGGUGUUCUGGCUGCCACUGUAGAGUCCUUCCUUCAGGAGGCUAAGUGUUUGCCAGUCAGACAACGCAUGGACAAACUGAAGGAGGUGAGCUCUUCCCUGACUGCUGUGUUUGGUCCAGCCUCUAUGGAGGGUGAUGUUGGAGAACAGGCCUUUGAGCAGUACUACCAGUGGAGGACUCAGAGGAGUCGGCUCACCAGCUCCGUCAGAGAUGGGACGGACAAGGCCCUCAAGGCCCUCUGUACCUGGUCGGAGAACGUUGGCAAGUUUUUCUGCCUGUCAGCUAAGACAGUGGUGGGAGUGAAUGACAUAGUGGACGGAGUGAAUGAGCUGUUGAAGCAGGCAGAGAUCAACGUGGCCAAGGAGCUGGACUCUCCCCUGUCAGUCGGAGAGCAGAACAACCAUGAGACCAAGGUAGUGUCCAACGCUUUCCACAAAGUCAUGCAGCACAUCCAGAGUGAACAGAGUCUGCUGAGUGACAUUAUGGAGAAAUAUCUGCUGAACACAAAGUUUAAGGGUGAGAUGCUACAGUGGCAGAAUGCUAGCCCGACUCCAGACUCUCUGUUCUCUGUGAAGAAACGUAUCCGCAGCCUGAGGGCUCAGCUGAGGUGGAGACAGGUGGAGGAGGCCAGUCUGGAGGAGGCUGAAGAUUUUGACCUAACAGAGAUUCUGAAGAAGAAGGAAGAGAUCGCUGAGAUCAGAAACACUCUUUUCCAAGAAAUCGGUCAAGAAAGAAAAGAAUAUAUGAAGCUCAGUGCUCUGGCUGAAGGCUGCUGUCCUGAGCUCCCCCUGCUCUACCCUGAGGCAGACAUCCACAGCCACAUGAGCUCUGGAGGUCUGGUGGUGAAGAGUCUGGACAGGGACAUGUUUGACGCUGAGCCCAUGAAGGAGCUGAGUGGACGCAGGCCUCUGGUCUGUACUGAGUUCCAGGGACAGAGGGUCAUACUCAAGGGUUACACUGUGAAUGAGGAGGCAGAGGCCAGAGUGUUGGAGAGAACCACCCAGUUUCACAGAACCAGGACGCAGCGGGAGAGUCAGACUGACACUGGAAUACUCCCUCUUCUGGCACUGUUCUUUGGCAAGUCAGACCCUCUUGCCUAUGUGAUGGUGCCAUACUUCCCCAAUGGAAGUCUCUGGGCUGUUCAGGCUGCCAAACCCCUAACUGCCACAGAGACUGUGAAGGUGAUGAGAGGCGUGGCCAGGGGCCUCCAGGCCCUCCACGCUGCAGGCGUCACCCAUGCCUCCCUCAACCCCAACAACGUCUUCGUCCUCCACCGACACCAAGGCAUGGUGGGAGACUACGACUUCAUAAAGACUCCUGUACAGAGGGCAAUGGACAGUGGGAUGGUGGCCGGCUCUAUCAGCCUGGUGGCCCCAGAGCUCUGCCAGACACAAGGCACACCUCCUACUCCAGCCUGUGACAUGUACUCCUACGGCUGCCUGCUGUUCUGGCUGCAUGCCCCAGGGUUCAACGGGGAUCUGGAUAGUGGAAGAAGACUGGCCCUGGAUAUCAGCGGAGUGAAACUGGAGGCCAGACUCCAAGCCCUGCUGUCUAAGCUGCUGGUGUGUGUUGGAAGACUGACUGCAGCUGAGACCCUGGCUGAUGACUACUUCCUGUCUGACCAGUAACCAGGCAACAAGGAGCUAGUACAGUAACCAGUACAUACUGGGAUAGUUUGGUUGACAGUUUUACUUUAAUACUAGCCUGGGUAACGUCUGUUUAGCUAACAUUCCACUCCGUGACAUGCCAAAGAUGGUUUAGUAUGUCAAGAAGUGGAAUAAUGGCUAAACAGACCAGUACCCAGACUACUUCAAUACUACAAUGUUUUGUUGAUCUGCCAAUAUAAAAGCACAAUAUAUUUGUCAGUCUGCUGAUGUAAAAGCACAGUAUCAUGUUGUUUAACUGUAUAUUAUUUUCCUUUUUAAAUGUUCUGUUCAGUAAUUAGAUUAUGUUGGGGUAUCCUGUCUUGCAGUUGUCACUUUCUAGAGUAAAUAAAAGACGUGUUCUGAGAUGGACCUGA